AUGGAGCAAAUGAGGGUAACAUUUGUGAGGCUGCUUUUAGGAGAAGAUAUGUCGGGUCGUGGCAAUGGAGUUUCGUUGGCUUUGGCUAUAUCGAAUGCAAUUACACAUCUUGCUGCUACUGUAUUUGGAAAACGGAAUAAACUUGCUCCAAUUCCAGAAGAUAGAAAAAAGAAAUGGAGAAAAGAAAUAAGUUGGCUCCUGUCGGUGACUGAUAACAUCGUUGAGUUCGUACCGUCUCAACAGAUAAACAAAGAUGGAUCGAACAUGGAGAUUAUGGUGCAACAACAACGAAGUGAUCUACACAUGAACAUCCCCGCAUUAAAGAAGCUUGAUGCAAUGCUAAUUGAUUGUUUAGACAACUUCAAAAACCAGAAAGGAUUCUGGUAUGUGCCUGAGGAUGCAGAUGAAUCCAUUGAUAAAUGGUGGACACCUAGAGUUAAAGUUCCUCCCGGAGGACUUUCGGAUGAAUCAAGAAAGUGGAUGCAACAUCAAAAGUAUUGCUGCAACCAAGUUCUAAAAGCGUCGAUGGCCAUCAAUGCUCAAGUUCUUUCGGAAAUGGAGAUCCCUGAGACCUACAUUGAUACUCUCCCAAAAAACGGAAAAACUAGUCUCGGAGAUUCAAUCUACAAGAGCAUUACAGAUGAGCUUUUUGAUGGUGAACAAUUCCUAUCGACCAUGGACAUGUCAUCGGAUCAAAAUGUAAUGGAGCUAAAGAACAAAAUGGAAGCUUCAAUUGUCAUAUGGAAGAGAAAGAUGAAUCAAAAGGAUGUCAAGUCUUCAUGGAGUUCAAUCAUAAGCUUGGAAAGGAGAGAAGUCUUUGAAGAGAGAGCAGAAGAGAUUUUGCUCCUAAUCAAACAAAAAUUCCCGGGGCUUCCUCAAUCGUCACUAGAUAUUAGCAAAAUCGAGCACAAUAAAGAUAUAGGUCACUCGAUACUCGAGAGCUAUUCAAGAGUGCUACAGAGUUUAGCAAACAAUGUAAUGAUUCACAUAGAAGAUGUUCUCAGCGCAGAUGAAAUCACGAAAAAACCGAUUGACAAGUUUCUCUCUCCCGAUCCUCCUUUAAAAGCGACUCAGAAGAGUUUGCAGGAGGAGUCGUCACCUAUUUGUUUUCAUCCAUAUGUAAACUCAAAGAGGAACACAACAACACGAUCCUAA